AUGUCCUCCGAUACUGCUCAGACCUUGGGUGCGAUCGCCUUCGUUAGCUUCCUGGUACUGCUUGCUGGUCUGUCGUGCCAAGCAGUCAAAGGAGAUAACAGCUAUCAAACCCGCUUACUUUUCUUCUGGCUUAUUUUUGAUGCGCUGAUCCAUAUAUUUCGGCCAUUUGUCUAUCUUUCGCUAUUUGGACGCACUGUUGAUUCAUCUGUUGGUUUUUUCGCUAGCGUAUGGAAAGAAUACAGCCUCGCGGAUCGACGCUGGGCCAUUGCUGACCCAGGUGUUGUAGCGGUAGAGCUCUUUACCGUCAUUGGGACAGGUGCACUAGCUCUGUAUACGGCUAAACUUGUGCUUCAGCAAGACGCUCGGUAUCACUUUUGGCUAUGCUUUUUAUGUAUCUGUGAGCUAUAUGGCGAUUAUGUAUGUCUAUUUUAUAUACUGCUCACACUCUAA